GGACGUUUGACGCCUGUUCUGCCCGACGUACGCUUUUUUUCCCUUCCGGGCCAAGUUGAACCUCGUCAGCCCCCGUAGGCCUGGAGUCAGACGUGCCGGUCAAAAUGGAAGUGAAUCCCCCCAAACAGGAGCACCUGCUGGCGCUGAAAGUGAUGCGAUUGACUAAGCCUACUUUAUUCACCAAUAUUCCAGUAACAUGUGAAGAGAAAGACUUACCUGGAGAUCUCUUUAACCAACUAAUGAGAGAUGAUCCUUCAACUGUAAAUGGUGCAGAAAUUUUGAUGUUGGGAGAAAUGUUGACUUUACCACAAAAUUUCGGGAAUAUAUUCCUGGGAGAGACCUUUUCCAGUUAUAUCAGCGUUCACAAUGAUAGCAAUCAAGUUGUAAAAGAUAUAUUGGUGAAAGCUGAUCUACAAACAAGUUCUCAGCGUUUAAAUCUUUCAGCCUCGAAUGCUGCAGUGGCUGAACUUAAACCUGAUUGUUGUAUUGAUGAUGUCAUACACCAUGAAGUAAAAGAAAUUGGAACACAUAUCUUGGUGUGUGCUGUGAGUUAUACAACUCAGGGUGGAGAAAAAAUGUAUUUUAGGAAAUUCUUCAAAUUUCAGGUUCUCAAACCACUGGAUGUGAAAACUAAAUUUUACAAUGCAGAGAGUGACCUCAGUUCUGUGACUGAUGAAGUAUUCCUGGAAGCCCAGAUUCAGAAUAUUACAACUUCACCCAUGUUUAUGGAGAAAGUUUCAUUGGAGCCAUCUAUAAUGUACAAUGUAACAGAAUUGAAUUCAGUCAGCCAAGCUGGAGAGUGUUUAUCUACGUUUGGGUCGAGAGCAUAUUUGCAGCCAAUGGAUACACGCCAGUACUUAUACUGCCUAAAGCCCAAAAAGGAGUUUGCAGAAAAAGCAGGCAUCAUUAAAGGAGUAACGGUAAUCGGAAAACUGGAUAUAGUAUGGAAAACAAAUCUAGGUGAGAGGGGAAGGUUACAGACCAGCCAACUUCAGAGAAUGGCUCCAGGUUACGGAGAUGUUAGGUUGUCUUUGGAGGCAAUCCCAGAUACCGUGAACCUAGAAGAACCCUUUCACAUUACCUGUAAAAUCACAAACUGCAGCAGUGAAAGGACUAUGGACCUGGUUUUGGAAAUGUGCAACACCAAUUCUAUCCACUGGUGUGGGAUUUCAGGAAGACAGCUUGGAAAGCUGCAUCCAAGUUCCUCUCUCUGCCUCGCCCUUACUCUACUAUCUUCGGUACAGGGACUACAAAGCGUCUCUGGCUUAAGACUAACAGACACAUUCUUAAAGAGAACAUAUGAAUAUGAUGACAUUGCACAAGUCUGUGUGGUAUCUUCGGCCAUUAAAGUAGAAAGCUGAAGAAAAUUACCCUUUUUGUUUCUAUAUUUCCAUCAUCUCUGUAAAAUAAUCAAGUCAACAGCAAAAAUAAGUAUAUUAUUUAAAUUUCUUUCUUGUAAGAAAAUAUUAAAUAAUUGUUUUGAACAGAACUAUCUACCGAUUUUAUCUUGUGAGUUGCAUGCUCAGUGAACAUUUGUACAUUUUCUACUCAUAUUUUGUUUCAUUGUAGAUAUCACUUGGACUUUGUUCUCCACAAUCUCUGUAUUUGACGCCAUUUGUCCCAAGUUUCUAGAGCUGCAGUCAGUGAAGUUUUUAUGUGAAAGACAGAAUGGUUUCUACCGCAAAUACUACACUUUGCAGUUGUAGUGCAAGAGCAGCAGUAGGCAGCAAAGUGCACUGGUGUUUACAAGCCAGGAGGCUGGCAGGACUUGGCCUGUAAACCAUGGUUUGCUGACCUCGGCAUAGAAGAUACAAUUGUUUCUUACAACUUUAGAACUCUCUCAGUACCUUAUUUAGAAAUAGGGAGCUCCAGGAUUUUUUCUUAGCUCCUUAGUCAACAUAAAAGGUUUGUUUACAACUGGGGUAGUCCUCCUGGUACUGGCUAACACAGUAUGAGGUUUGCUAAUUAUUUUCAAAAUCAUUAUAUUGGUAUGUAUGUGUCACCUGCUCAUCUAACUUUAAGGUACUAAACAGCCGAUCAGAAUUGGUUUUCUCUCCUAAGCUGUUGAUUAUUCAGUUAAUUUUUAACUGACAGGCCUAGUAAUCUUAUAAUUCAAAGCCAAAAACUACUGGGUUUUUUUCCCAUUGAAAAAUAAGACAUUUAUUUUCAUAAGACAUAUUUGUAGGCCUCCCAGCAUCUGAUAUUUGAUUGUAAACUUUAGAUCAUGUUUUAGUAGUUUGAAGCUUUGUGUCUUUCCAUUGAAUCACACUAAUUUACAUAUGCUAUGAGCAAAACAAUGGGAAAGUUAGGUUGUAGCACUGUGAAUGUAACAACAAGUUUCAAUAUUUUGCGAAGAAAACAAAAGAUUAUGCUGUUAGAUAAAAGCUAUCCUGUUUGGUAAAGUUGAAAUUCAAGAAUGUAUAUAUAAUUUCUUAAAUGUAAAAGCACAUCAAGUCAAAUACAAAAAUUUUUUUUCUUAAUUGCAUAAUUAUUUAUUGCUGUGACAAACUGGUCCCAAAUGAAAGCUAUAAUCAGAAGGGUUGCCCUUCAAAUUUGAAUAAUAAAGAAAUAUCUGUGCAAAAUAAAUUAUAAGCAGUGUAAAA